AUGGAAGGCGGGCAGCAACAAUCAAACGCUAACACGGCGGUCCGGUACAACUAUAACAACAUCACAACGGACGAGUUCCUGGCCUUGUUCAAUGCAGCAGAUAUGCAAAAUCUGUCCGUUGCACAUACAAUCCACUCGGUUACAGCGGCCGGCUCGACCGGAAUGGCUAACGACAGCCUGUUCCUAUACAAUGUUACUAACACGAAUUUCACCCCCACAUACUUCAACGGAACGUACCCCAGCGGCUACACCCUAACGCAUAUCGUUAUCGCAUCGAUUGUCGUUACGAUUUUAAUGAUAAUCAUUGUUGUCGGCAAUAUGUUGGUGAUAAUCGCCAUAGCAACAGAGAAGUCCUUAAAGAAUAUUCAAAAUUGGUUCAUCGCGUCGCUGGCCGUUGCGGAUUUUUUCUUAGGCCUCAUCAUUAUGCCCUUCUCGCUGGCUAAUGAGCUGAUGGGUUAUUGGAUAUUCGGUAGUUGGUGGUGUGAUAUACAUUCAGCAAUGGAUGUCCUUUUGUGUACAGCAUCCAUUAUGAAUUUGUGCUUAAUAUCCUUGGAUCGAUAUUGGAGUAUAACUAAGGCUGUUGAAUAUUUGAAAUCAAGAACUCCUGCGAGAGCGGCGGUAAUGAUAGCGGCCGUUUGGAUAAUGUCGGGAUUAAUAUGCAUACCCCCACUGCUAGGGUGGAAGGUGAAACGACCGGACGGAGAGUUGCCGCAAUGUGAGCUUAGCGAGGAUAUCGGCUAUGUGCUAUACUCGGCCUUAGGAUCAUUUUAUAUUCCUAGUUGUAUAAUGGUGUUCGUUUAUAUCAGAAUUUAUUUCGCGGCGAAAGCGAGGGCGAGACGAGGAAUAAAGAAGCAGCCUAGAAAGUCACAAAAUCAACAGGUGACAAGUUUUACAACAGCGUCCCAGAAAGGUGGGACCCAUCCAAUGCCAAGUGUGCCUAGUACAUCAGCACAGCAGCAACAGCACCAGCAACAGUUGAGCCUACAACAGCAUAAUCAAGUUCAUCAGCAGCAAAUAGCGACCAUCGAGACGCCACCAACGGGUUCAACCAAUAUGCCUAUACCGAUAGUAACUUGCGAUUUUGCCUCUGACAUUUCAACGAGCGAAGCAGCUGAAUGCGAAACUCAGCAAACUACGCAACAGCCACAGGCAAACUCCAAGGAGACUCUCAAAGUGGGGUUAGUGGUGCAGCAGACCAACUCGACAGGCGGUCGGGCGACCGCAGCAACGAACGGGACGUCGACGAACGAGUUGCAAGUCAGUCCGGUCCAAGGUCGCUGUAGAGCCUUAUCCGUUGGAAUCGAUACGGACAUGCCUAUUUUCGGGCGCAAGAACCAACGUCGCAACGAAUCGAAAGCGUUGAAGAAUAGCACCAAACCCUCCGAACCAGCUUCCUCUGAAUUGGAGCCAGCUAUACCGAAGGUACAAAAACCUCGUGAUCCUGAAAAGGAGAAGCGACGAAUAGCUAGGAAAAAAGAAAAACGUGCCACACUAAUUUUAGGUUUAAUAAUGGGUAGCUUCAUAGCGUGUUGGCUACCAUUUUUCUUCCUUUAUAUUCUCACGCCCGCCUGUACAAAAUGCAAAAUUCCACAAUCAGCGUUCGCUGUGGCAUUUUGGCUAGGUUAUAUGAAUUCGGCAUUGAAUCCUGCCAUCUAUACGAUAUUCAAUAAAGACUUCCGUAGGGCAUUCCGUAGGAUACUAUUUAAGUGA